CGCUUUAAAAAGUCGAGAUGAGCGCGCGAUGUUCCCCACCUGAGCUUUAUCACACCUCUGCAGUCCGGGAACCAGGGCCAAACCCGGCAGCAUUUCCUCUCAUCUCUCCAUGAAGAUCUGGAUAAUGUGAGGAACCUGCAGCAAAGUGCUUUAUUCCUUAUUACUUUAACAUGGCAUCGGAAGUUAAGAGCGCGUGCGCUGCAUUUCUCCUCGGAUGGAUUGUGUUUUGUAAGCCCACGAGCGCCCGUCUCUAUAACAACCGCUAUUCGGGUGAUCAGGUACUGAGAAUAAUUCCCAGCAGUCCAGGGGAGAUCCAUUAUCUCCAACAGCUUUUCCAGAACAUAACAGUGGACCUCUGGCAGCCCAGCAGCUCUAACCUUAUCCACGAGGGCAAAGAGGUAGACGUCCAUGUGGGACGAGACAAGACAGCACGUCUCAAAAAUCUGCUCAGACGGGCGCACGUUCAGCAUGAACUGCUUAUUUCUGACGUGCAGAGGGAAAUGGAGAAACAGACGGGGUAUCGGUCAAACAGAAAGCGCAGAUCAGUGUUCCAGUAUGAUUAUGAAGUGUAUCAUCCUCUGGAGGAGAUCCAGACUUGGAUGUUUGAAAUGAACCAGACACACCCACACCUAGUGGACUUGUUUUCUAUUGGACGGUCCUAUGAAGGACGGCCCCUUUACGUGCUUCAGUUAGGAAACCGGGUUCGGACCAGUAAGAAGGCCGUGUGGAUGGACUGUGGCGUUCAUGCACGGGAAUGGAUCGGCCCCGCCUUCUGUCAGUGGUUUGUGAAGGAAGCUUUGAACUCCUAUCAGCACGACUCCAGCAUGAGGCGACUGUUAAAGCAGCUGAACUUCUACAUCAUGCCUGUGUUCAACGUGGAUGGAUAUCACUACAGCUGGAAAAGUGAUCGAUUUUGGAGGAAAACACGAUCCAAAAAAGCCAAGUACCACUGCAGGGGUGUCGACGCCAACAGAAACUUUAAAGUGAGAUGGUGCGAAGAAGGCGCCUCCACACACCCCUGUGACGACACCUACUGCGGCCCAUUCCCAGAGUCCGAGCCCGAGGUGAAGGCCGUCUCCCGUUUCCUGCGCAAGCACAAGAAACACACCAAGGCUUACAUAUCCAUCCACGCCUACGCUCAGAUGCUCCUCUAUCCCUACUCCUACAAAUAUGGCACCAUCCCCAAUUUUGACUGUGUGGAAACAGCAGCUCAGAAUGCAGUGAGUGCCCUGUACUCCGCAUACGGCGUCAGAUACAGAUAUGGCCCUGCCUCCACCACACUGUAUGUAAGCUCAGGGAGUUCUAUUGACUGGGCCUACAAGAACGGCAUCCCCUAUGCUUUCGCCUUCGAACUGCGUGAUACAGGCCAUUAUGGGUUCCUCUUGCCAGAGGCCCUGAUUGCUCCCACGUGCACAGAGACCAUGAGGGCAGUAAGAGCCAUCGCUUCUGGCCUGCUGAAGAAAUGCACCAGAUGAUGAAAUAGCACUCUCUCCCUUUCUCUGUAUCUCUCUCUCUCUCUCUUCUACACUGUGUGCCAUUUGCUCCAGCUCAGAGCACAAACCUGUACCCCCUGGCUAUUUCCAUCAUGUCAAUCCUCAUAUUCCAAAAACAUUACAUAUACAGUGUAUGUGUAUAUAUAUAUAUAUAUAUAUAUAUAUAUAUAUAUAUAUAUAUAUAUAUAUAUAUAUAUAUAUAUAUAUAUAUACUCACACCUGCAGGAAAGCUGACGCUGUAACAUUGUAAACGGAUUAGGCUGAAGAACUUUAAUACUUAAAAGCAGACAAUACAAAAAACAACAAAGAAACUUGAAUACAUAGUACAUCAUUUCUAUCAUGCAGUGAUUUUUAAUGCUUUUACCUCAUUUGUCUGACAAUCAUAUCUUUGCCAUUGCACUUUUUUGAGAAGUGCCUCUGUUUGUGAAACCUGGUACCUUUUUUUUGUUUGUUUUGUCUUGUUUGUUUAGUUUUUGUUUGUUUUUUUAAUCAGACCACUUUGAGCACUUGCUGAAACAAGAACCUCAAGUCAGUACAGUAUGUAAGAACACCGACCAAAGAGUGUAAAUAUUGUGUACUUCUGGAUGUCUAUGUAACAGAAAUAAUCUAAUCAAUGACUGGGUUUAAUGUGAAAUAAGCUGAACUGAUCUUUAUUGUAAUACAGUCAUAUAUAAUAAAUGUAUUAUACUAUA